UGAUGUGGAUGGUGCAUCAGCUCUGAGUCUGGGUCUGGGUCUGUCUCCUGGGAUCUCAUUUACCUGCUGUCACUUCCCCACCCCAGCCCCCCUCCCCCAUCCGGAAAGCUGCGGGAUUUUCUCUGCCAUUGCCUGUUACUUCCUCUGACUUAAUGAAAUGGGAACUUUGGGCCAUCUCAGGAGCUUGGAAGAGUCAGGAGUGAAUGCCUAGUCUGCCAUUUGGAAGGUGCCAGAAAGGGGCCAUGACCAUGUAGACGCCAGCCCUGGGGAGUAGCAGCAUGGGCAGCGCUGAAUGGGGACGCCUGGGUCUGCAGUCUUGAGACCCACCACCACUGACCUUCGAACUGGGAUCCCUGUGUGUCGAGGUGUUCCUUUCCGAGCUUGCCACAGCCGCCGCCACACUGGCCCAUCUCCAUUUUCUCCCUUGGAAUUGGAGCCGACUGCUCAGAGUUGCUAAAGUUGCUUCCUUCCCGAAAGCCGUAUAGACCUAUAGCUCUAAUUGGGAACCUGCUUCUCUUCCCCUCCCCUAAAAUAAAUAGAUAAAUAAAAAAUAAUAACCCUUGGAUCUGCCCAAAGUGGAGCAGGAACCUCAGCAAAAAUGGGAGACAUGACCAACAGCGAUUUUUACUCCAAGAACCAAAGAAAUGAGGCCAACCAUGCAGGCGAGUUUGGGUGUACAAUGGAAGAGCUCCGCUCCCUCAUGGAACUUCGGGGGACAGAGGCUGUGGUCAAAAUCAAGGAGACCUAUGGGGACACUGAAGGGAUCUGUCGGCGUUUGAAGACCUCACCUGUGGAAGGAUUGCCGGGCACUGCUCCAGACCUAGAAAAAAGAAAGCAGAUUUUUGGGCAAAACUUUAUACCUCCAAAGAAGCCAAAAACGUUCUUACAGCUAGUCUGGGAAGCACUACAGGACGUGACUCUUAUUAUCCUGGAAAUUGCAGCCAUCAUCUCUCUGGGACUUUCAUUUUAUCAUCCUCCUGGAGAGGGGAAUGAAGGGUGUGCAACAGCCCAGGCUGGGGCCGAAGAUGAAGGGGAGGCAGAAGCUGGCUGGAUUGAAGGGGCCGCCAUACUUCUCUCAGUUAUCUGUGUUGUUCUUGUCACUGCCUUUAAUGACUGGAGUAAGGAGAAGCAGUUCCGGGGUCUACAGAGCCGAAUUGAACAGGAGCAGAAAUUUACCGUGGUCCGGGGAGCCCAGGUGAUCCAGAUUCCAGUAGCAGAGAUCGUAGUUGGUGACAUUGCCCAGGUAAAAUACGGUGACCUACUUCCUGCUGAUGGGAUCUUCAUCCAAGGCAAUGACCUUAAGAUUGAUGAAAGCUCUUUAACUGGAGAGUCUGACCAGGUCCGCAAAUCAGUGGACAAAGACCCCAUGCUGCUUUCAGGGACCCAUGUGAUGGAGGGCUCUGGCAGAAUGCUGGUCACCGCUGUGGGAGUGAACUCUCAGACUGGCAUCAUCUUUACCUUGCUGGGGGCUGGUGGUGAAGAGGAAGAAAAGAAAGACAAGAAAGGUGUGACCAAAGUGGAUGGCCUUCAGCUUCCAGCUACAGAUGGUGCAGCAGGUGCAAAUACCACCGAUAAUGCAAAUUCCAGCUUAGUCAAUGGUAAAAUGCAGGAUGGCAAUAUGGACACCAGCCAGAGCAAAGCCAAACAGCAGGAUGGGGCAGCAGCCAUGGAGAUGCAGCCUCUGAAGAGUGCCGAAGGGGGAGACGGAGAUGAUAAGAAGAAGGCCAACAUGCACAAGAAGGAGAAAUCAGUCCUGCAGGGGAAGCUCACCAAGCUGGCUGUGCAGAUAGGCAAGGCAGGCCUUGUAAUGUCUGCCAUUACGGUGAUUAUCCUGGUGCUCUACUUCACCGUGGACACUUUCGUGGUGAACAAGAAGCCUUGGCUGCCUGAGUGUACUCCAGUCUAUGUGCAAUACUUUGUCAAGUUCUUCAUUAUCGGGGUGACUGUGCUGGUGGUUGCUGUGCCCGAAGGGCUCCCCCUUGCUGUCACCAUCUCUUUGGCUUACUCUGUGAAGAAAAUGAUGAAGGACAACAACCUUGUACGCCACUUGGACGCCUGCGAGACAAUGGGCAAUGCCACAGCUAUCUGCUCUGACAAGACAGGGACACUGACCACGAACCGGAUGACUGUUGUGCAGGCAUACAUUGGGGAUGUCCACUACAAGGAGAUUCCAGAACCCAGUGCCAUCAACUCCCAAACCAUGGAGCUGCUGGUGAAUGCCAUUGCCAUCAACAGCGCUUAUACCACAAAGAUUCUGCCACCAGAGAAGGAAGGUGCCCUGCCCCGCCAGGUGGGCAACAAGACUGAGUGUGGCUUGUUGGGGUUUGUCCUGGACCUGAAGCAAGAUUAUGAGCCUGUGAGGAGCCAAAUGCCUGAGGAGAAGCUGUACAAAGUGUAUACCUUUAAUUCCGUCAGGAAGUCCAUGAGCACGGUGAUUAAGAUGCCUGAUGAAAGCUUUCGCAUGUAUAGCAAAGGGGCAUCAGAGAUUGUCCUGAAAAAAUGCUGCAAAAUCCUCAGCCCAGCUGGUGAGGCCCGAGUCUUCCGACCCCGAGACCGAGAUGAGAUGGUAAAGAAGGUGAUUGAGCCCAUGGCCUGCGAUGGCCUCCGAACCAUCUGCGUAGCUUAUCGGGACUUCCCAAGUAGCCCAGAGCCUGACUGGGAAAACGAGAAUGAUAUCCUCAAUGAUUUGACCUGCAUCUGUGUGGUGGGCAUUGAAGACCCUGUGAGGCCAGAGGUCCCAGAAGCCAUAAGGAAGUGCCAACGAGCAGGAAUCACAGUCCGCAUGGUCACUGGGGACAAUAUCAACACUGCCCGGGCUAUUGCCAUCAAGUGUGGCAUCAUCCACCCUGGGGAAGACUUCCUCUGCAUCGAGGGGAAGGAGUUCAACCGACGAAUCAGGAAUGAGAAGGGAGAGAUUGAGCAGGAACGAAUAGACAAGAUCUGGCCCAAACUACGGGUCCUCGCUCGCUCUUCCCCCACGGACAAGCACACUUUGGUCAAAGGCAUCAUCGACAGUACCCACACGGAGCAGAGACAGGUCGUGGCUGUGACUGGGGAUGGGACUAAUGAUGGGCCAGCCCUGAAGAAGGCAGACGUUGGCUUUGCCAUGGGAAUCGCUGGUACUGAUGUUGCCAAGGAAGCUUCGGACAUCAUUCUGACAGAUGACAACUUCAGCAGCAUUGUCAAGGCAGUGAUGUGGGGCCGCAAUGUUUAUGACAGCAUCUCCAAGUUCUUGCAAUUCCAGUUAACGGUCAAUGUGGUAGCUGUCAUUGUGGCUUUCACGGGUGCUUGCAUCACACAGGACUCUCCCCUAAAAGCCGUACAGAUGUUGUGGGUAAAUCUCAUCAUGGAUACCUUUGCCUCCCUGGCCCUGGCCACAGAGCCACCAACAGAGUCUCUUCUGCUGCGUAAGCCAUACGGCCGCAAUAAGCCGCUCAUCUCCCGCACCAUGAUGAAGAAUAUCCUAGGCCAUGCAGUCUACCAGCUCACACUCAUCUUCACCCUUCUCUUUGUUGGAGAGAAAAUGUUCAUGAUUGACAGUGGACGCAAUGCCCCCCUCCACUCUCCUCCCUCUGAGCACUAUACCAUCAUCUUCAAUACCUUCGUCAUGAUGCAGCUGUUCAAUGAAAUCAAUGCUCGGAAAAUCCAUGGGGAGCGGAAUGUGUUUGACGGCAUCUUCAGGAACCCCAUCUUCUGCACAAUUGUACUGGGCACCUUCGCCAUUCAGAUAGUCAUUGUGCAGUUCGGGGGAAAGCCAUUCAGCUGUUCUCCUCUUCAGCUUGACCAGUGGAUGUGGUGUAUAUUCAUUGGACUGGGAGAGCUUGUCUGGGGUCAGGUCAUUGCCACAAUCCCAACCAGCAGGCUCAAGUUCCUGAAGGAGGCAGGGCGGCUCACUCAGAAAGAGGAGAUCCCUGAGGAAGAGCUCAAUGAGGACGUGGAGGAGAUUGAUCAUGCUGAGAGAGAACUUCGACGUGGACAGAUCCUGUGGUUCCGUGGCCUGAAUAGAAUCCAAACUCAGAUUGAAGUAGUCAAUACUUUCAAGAGUGGCGCUUCCUUUCAGGGGGCUCUCAGGAGACAGUCCUCCGUCACAAGCCAGAGCCAGGAUAUCCGCGUCGUGAAGGCAUUCCGUAGCUCUCUCUAUGAAGGUUUAGAAAAACCUGAAUCUAGAACCUCCAUCCAUAACUUCAUGACUCAUCCUGAAUUUAGGAUAGAAGACUCGCAGCCCCACAUCCCCCUCAUUGAUGACACUGACCUGGAAGAAGAUGCCGCUCUCAAGCAAAAUUCGAGCCCGCCGUCAUCAUUGAACAAGAACAACAGUGCAAUCGAUAGCGGGAUCAAUCUGACCACUGACACGAGCAAAUCAGCUACCUCUUCGAGCCCAGGGAGUCCUAUACACAGCCUGGAGACAUCGCUUUAGCGAGAAACAUUCGCAUCUCAAAAAAAUAUAUACAAAACAAAACAAAAAAACCACAAAACACAAAACACAAACAAAAAAACCCAUCGCCACCACCAACUCAGAACGAAUCAACCCAGAAAACUCAACCAUGAAACAGAACCAAGAAAAUAAAAAUAGACAAAAUGGGAGAGAAAUAUAUCUCCACCCAAUAGAACCUCUCUCUGGCUGAGAAGCUGUUUGAGCUCUUUGUCCCUUUGAGGCAAGUGACGGGAUCCCUGAUGUGGGUUCUUGGGAGUGAGCAAUUGCCUGAUGUGCCCUUUCUUGCUCCUGCCCGCCCAAACACAGACCAAACCCACCCACUACCUUCCUGCAUGGACGUACUGUACUCUUCCGGUCCUUCUCUUGUUUAUUAUUUUUUUUUCCUUAGGCAGGAACUGCAAAAACAAAAAAAAAAGAAAAAAGAAAAAAAAGAAAAAAGACUCCUUUCUGAGGCUUAUUUAUCCAAUUCACUGGUCUGUGAGUUUUUUGAACUGCUUGUGUGGCAUGGUCUCAGUUGUAGAGAUUAAUUUAAAUAACUUUUUGAAGUUGCGGAAGCUUACCUUGCACAGUAGGAUUAUACCAAUGGGACAGAAGAACUUCAUAGACACUAAUGAGAUUAUAUCCAUUUCUUUGUAUCUAUAUCAACGUAUACCUCAUCGAGAAUGUAUACGUCCAUAUAGAUAGGUAGAUAUAUAUGUAUAUCUAUAUACAUGGAUAUAUAAAGUUUUUUUGCUGGCAUGUUGCCUUGUUUUUGCUUAAAUUGCUCUAUUUUAACUUAUUUAUGUCUUAAAAGAAGAAUGUAAUUUGUUUACAAACCUGUAGAUAAACGUCCUUCACUAUUUGUAGGGUUAAGAACACUUCCUGCUGGGAGAGCUAAAGGACUGCUCAGCUCAUCAGAUACUCCUCUCAGAUUGCAUCCUCGAUGUUUUACGACAGCUUGGCUCUGAUUUUUUGCCUGCUCCUUUUUUUUGUUCAGUAAUGUAGCUCCUGCUGGUGAAUGACAAAAGAAGCCAAAAUAUAACAUAUUGGAUGUAGGAAUGUGCUCCACAGACAUGGGGUCAUGGGACUGGAAGCUUGACUCUGUCGGAAAAAAAAAACACACCAUGUGCAACAAUCAGGUUUAUUUUUUGUAAAAAAAUAAAUAAUAAAUAAAUAACUAAAUUGCUCAGCCCAGUUUCAGUAUGCCCCUCACCAGCCAGAGGCCACCUUGGUAGCCAUUAUAUUAGGAUGGCUUCCAUGGAUUUUUUUUGGAAGACUCUCCUCUUUAUGAAACUCCUUUGAGUUUAUUGAGAGCAUUUAAAAAUAAGUUAUAUUUGGCUUUACAUGGAGAUCAAGGUAGUGUUGAAAUAUUGUGAACUCUAUUGUGUUGAUUUUUUUUUUCAGUUAGUCACUUAGAAAUUGAUUUUCUUAUCACUCGCAGCUUACCAGCUGUUGGCAUUUUGAUUGAGAAUCACUACAGCUUGCUGCUUUUCUUUUUUCUUUUUCUUUCUUUUUUAAUUUUGGAAGAAAACUAUCCAUGCCCCCCCACCCUACUCCACCCCCUGCACUAUCCAAAUCUGAAUGAACUUUACGAUAUGUAUAUUGAAAACGUGCUCUGUGUGAUUUUUAAACAAAGCUUGUCUUCCUGUAACCACAAUAUAUACUGUAGCCACAUAACAAUGUGUCCUCCCUCCCUGCAAGGGAAGCCGUUAUGAAGGCCUACAGUAUCGCAGGUGAGAAAAGGUUUUUGUAGUUCUUUUCUUUUUCCCUCCCAGGAUGGUGUCAGCAUUAAUACUCAACUUACUAUGAGCUUCUUGAAAUGCUACGUCAGCCACUCGAUGCUAAGCACUUUGUGGGCCACGGCUUUUUUCAUAAAGAACUUUUGUAUUUAAUACAAAGUUUGCUUUGAGACUUUUCAGCACACAGUCUUUUUUCCAUAAACUUGUACAGUGCAAAAGACAUUUUGAAUACAUAACAUGGUCGGUGAUGUCAGAUGUGUCGAGGAAAAGCAAAGCACUUUCCGACUCACCUUCGAAAUUAAUUUGUCCUGCUGACCCCACCCACCCUGCCAUCUGUCAGGCCCCUCCUCUGAGCCUAGAACUUGGCAAACCAGAUGAAAUCUUCUCUGCAUCCUGGCCAAGAAGGAGCAUUCUCUUGUGCAGAUGGCCAAGAUUAGGUAGAGCCUUUCCCAGCGGGGGUGGCCAGUCUUCAAACGCUGCUGGCGGAACAGCAAUGUAUCCGGUCCACAGUCAGCUUCCCUGUCUGGUCUAAGCCUUCCUGUAAACGGGGCUGGUGCCUAGGACGGCAGGGCUUACAAACCUCUUUCUUUUGAAUCCAGAACAGGGCCGCCCUCCCCCAUGUCAACUGUAAACAGACUGGCAAUGAAAACAUCGCUGAUGUUUCAGAAUGGCAGCUUAGUCAGGGUUUCAUUUCCACAUUGCAAAUGUGGAAUCUAACCUUAGCUUUCACAUAUUGGAUUGGGGGGAGUGGGUGGAUCCUGAUCUCUGCUCUAUUUAUGAGGAAGGGAAAGGAUGUUGUUUGGACUUGCACAUCUGUGAAAUGGGUCUGUUCUGGAACAUGAUUUAGUUUCUCUGUCUUAACUGCAAUGAGUUAUUUUCCUUUUCCAAAGCUCUCCCAACUUCCUCUUUCCUUCAGUAAUGUUCAUAUUCAUGCGGGAAGAGCACCGAACCAUUAGGGAACCAUUUUGCGGACUUGGAUUAGCCUCUCGCAUGUGGCACUGUUUCCUCCACCCAGUGGCCUCCUGUAAAUUGAGAGGCCCAUACCACACUGGGCUUCUCUCCAUGAGGAACCAGAAAUCUGGGUGGGGGUGGGGGACUGGUAGUGUGGCGGGCUCUGGGAAGGAGAAGGGCAGGAGUCCACGAGAAAGUUUGUCCAAGUAAUAUCUAAUUUCGCAAAUACCUAAAGUUCCAUCUUGCAUCCGGGUCUCCUUUCCCACCUGGCCUUCUCUUGUUGGGAACAAUAGCUCCAAACAAAUGGUGCAUGGAGAUCAUGAUUAGUUGGUUGAAGCUCACUACAACCCAUACACCGCCUGCAUCCUGCCCUCUGUCCCUGGCCGCAUGGAGUUUGUGCUCAACAAUAAACAAUCCCCUGGUACAUUUGGCCAUCCAUCCCAUUAGGGGCUAAUAAUUUAUGUCCAUUCAUCUGUUUUUAUGGAUUUUUUUUAUCUAGACAACAAUUGUAAAUAAAGAACUCACCGUCUCUGUUCAUUUA